AUGUACUGGCCUAAUGGGGUCCCCCGGGUCUACGCGAUCAAUGGCCCGGACAUCGCCCAUGUCUCCUCCGAUGGGUAUCCCGAGAAUACAAACCCGAAAACAGAACGGAGAAGCUCGAUAGACAAUAGCGAUGGUUCUGAGUAUGCGCAGUCUCUAAACACCGAGAGCAAUGAACCCAAACCCGAGCCGUCGUCCGAAUCGGACACCGCCAAGUGGGAGCAUGAACCGAUUAAUGGCCUCUGUGUCUCCCGCUCAGGACAUAUGUUUGCGACGAUUACCGAGUCUUCUAUUUCACUAUGGCAAACGAGGCCUACGGCCGUCGUGGCUGCGAUAGUUCGGUCCUUGUACUCAUUAAAGACGUACGGCUCGAAUGCAGCGCUCCUUAUGCAUCCAGACUCGACAAUUUUGGUCGUGCAAACCUCCGGGGGUUAUCUCCUGACUUAUUCAGUAGCGUCGGACCCAGGAACACACGUCUACCAGCAACGGUUCGAUCACUCCACACACCCACGUCGCCAGCAACUGGCGCAUUUCGCCGCCGUUGAAGAGUCAAAUGUGGUCGGAGACAUUAGCAUCAGAUUCCGAAUGGCAAUCAAGAUCGAGUCUGGGAUUGUCAAGGCGCUGGCGCUGGAUCAGGAGCUUGUUGUUGCCACUGUGAAGCCGCCAGCUAUUCAGUGCAUUCGGUGGGCUCCGGAUUCUAGUGGAACACAAACCACUUCGGAGCUGUUGAGCCGCAUUCUAGACAUACCGAAGAAGGUUGCGGUGGUGGAUAUGGUUUAUGACCGUGCCAUGAACCUUCUGAUUUGGCUUACGAGCACCGGCCAAGCAUAUGCUGUUCAACGAGCGCAUGGUAUGCAGCAUGAACCGGAUGCACCUAAGAAGCUGUUCCAUGGGCAUUGCUUCCACGACCCCGAGGACGAUGGCGAGAAGGCCGUGAAGGUGGCUGUGAAUGCUAGGUUCUCCUUGCUGACUGUCUUCUGUGCAAAUGGCGAGAUUUUGGUAUACACUGCCAAGGACUAUAUGGGCAACGUGCCGCUAUCCCAGAAGUUGCAGCUUCCAGCAUCGCCUUCUACUACCGGGUCCUUGACGUUCAUGAACUAUUCGCCGGACGGAUACUGUCUCUUCGCUGGCUACGAAAAUGGCUGGACAACAUGGAGUGUUUUUGGCAAGCCAGGCGGGAAUAGCUUCACAGUUGAUCCUACCUUGGCCGCUUCAAAUGGCGAAGACUGGUUGACAGGUGUCUCAAGCGGCUGCUGGAUCGGCGGUGGGUCCGAUAUCAUUCUGUCAGGAAAAAGUGAUCGACGACUCUGGAUUCUGGAAACAGCUCGCAGUGCACUUACUGGCUGCUUCUCUGCAGCGAACCUCGCUCGAGGCUUGCUUCAGACGGGCACCGAGCUUAUUCUUUACCGCGGACAUGAUCUCCCCGAGCUAAUGACCAUCUCUGGCAAGGACUCGCUGUGGCAUCACGCGCAGUAUCCCCCGGCAUAUCUUCACUCGCAAUGGCCAAUUCGAUCAUGUGUUGUAUCCCAGGAUGGACGAUAUGUUGCGAUCGCAGGCCGGCGCGGACUGGCACAUUACAGCGUGAAUAGUGGUCGGUGGAAGGUCUUUGAAGAUUCGAAGGUCGAGAACUCCUUUGCUGUUCGAGGAGGGAUGUGCUGGUACGGACAUAUCCUGAUUGCUGCCGUCGAAAGCAAUGGAUCGUACGAGGUGCGUCUUUACUCGCGUGAGGCUGCAUUGAACAACAACUCGAUCAUGUUUAUCGAGUAUCUUCCAGCACCUGUGGUGUUCAUUGGCCCCUCUGGAGAAGAUUCUCUCUUGGUCUAUACAUACGACAACAUUCUCUAUCACUACGUUAUCAACUCCACGCAGCCACAAAUUACUCUCGUGCCUGUUGGACAAAUUGCCUUUAAUGGUAUUGUUCGGGCACCGACUCGUGUGAGGGCUAUCAGCUGGGUUUUGCCUGAGGAACAAAUGCGGAACGGCGAUCCCUCUCAGGAUGUCAAGGUCGCAUCCGUGCUUCUCCUCGUUGAUGGAAAUCUCGUUCUGCUGCAGCCGACAGUGUCGGAUGCAGGUGAUCUCAAAUACGACAUGCGUGUUAUUUCGCAAGAUGUGGAGUACUAUAUCCUGAUGCGUGACCAGGGAUCCUUCAACUUUUCCCCUUCAGUCGACGAAUCCCUCCCAGCAAGUCCUUCCGCCGAAAUGUCGCUAGCCCCUUCUCAGAGCAGUCUAUCUCUAAGAGACUCGCUGUGGAUGUUCCGAGGCAAGGACCUCCUGGCAUGGAAUGACGUCCAGGAUGUUUUGCAGCAAGAAACGGUGCCGGCACCGCUCAACAUCCCUCUGGACUUCUAUCCGCUCUCCGUACUGCUGAACAAAGGCAUCGUCUUGGGUGUGGAAUCCGAAGUGACCCAGCGACGAGAUGUUACCUUUACCAGCCUCAAAUUUGCCAUUCGAACACAUCUCUUCCUCCCCUACUUCCUCCAAUACAGCCUCACAAACCUCGGCACACCGGCCGCCCUCACCCUCUGCCGGCACUUCUCUCAUCUCUCAUACUUCGCCCACGCCCUCGAAAUCCUCCUCCACCACGUCCUCGACGAAGAAGUCGACAACGAAAGCCGCGCCAACAAAUCCUCCGACCCAACCGCCCGCGAAGGCCCUCUCCUUCCCACGGUUAUCUCCUUUCUCCAAGCAACCCUCCCAACACGCGAGUACCUCGACAUCGUAGUACAAUGCACCCGCAAAACCGAGCUCCGCUUCUGGCGCACCCUAUUCACCUACCUCCCUCCACCAAAAGACCUCUUCGAACAAGCCCUCCGCCUAGACGCCCUCAAAACAGCCGUCGGGUACCUCCUUGUUCUGCAGGCCUUUGAAGACGAAGAACAGGGCCACGAUGGCCGCAUAGAGGAAUAUGUCGUGCGGCUCAUCGGCCUCGCUUCGCAGAAGAGUGAUUGGGAGCUCUGUGCUGAGCUAGCUAGGUUCUUGAUUGCGCUUGAUGCGUCGGGCGAAAUGCUUCAGCGUGCUAUAGGUCGUGUUGGAUUGCGUCAGCGGCCUUCUAUGAACGGGGCGAACUCGGGGUUGCCUUCUAGGACUGGCUCGGCCGCUAGUGUUAAGGGUCUCGGGCUGAGUUUGCCUGUGCGCACGCUCUCUUGGUCGUCGAUCUCGCCGACGGAUUCUGUCUCGCAACGGAGUGGGCGCGAUGGCGAUGUGUCUGAUGAGAAUUCCCAUUCGGCGGAUAGUUGA